AUGGGGAGCGAACCUAUAGAUGACACCGGCACAACCGCUUAUUUAGCUCACNACGAGUACAGUAUUAAAAUAAUUCGUUGGAUUCUGAAAGCGAUUAGUUUGUGGCCGAGCACCGCCGGCACUUCGAUCGUCGACAAGAUUCGUUCCGAGUUUCAGAUACUCACAUGUUACUUUCUGAUGUUCGGCACGAUGAUACCCAGCGGUCUCGGUAUCUUUAUCGAAUCGCAAGAGACGUACGAGGUUAAAUUGCGCAGCUUCGGUCCGCUCACCUUUUGGUUCAUGGCGAUUGUAAAUUAUUCCUUUCUUCUCAUGCACAUCGACGACAUACGCGGCUGCGUGGAGCACGUGAAAACGGACUGGCGAAUCGUCAGGAGACACGAGGAUCAACAAGUGAUGCUGAAGAACGCCAGGAUAGGCCAAUUUAUUGCCGGAUUUUGCGUCAUAUUCAUGCACAGCGGUGUGUUCUCGUUCAACAUGGUUCGCUUUUUUUCCACGGACAUCAUUUACGUGGACAACAGCAGUGUGGUGGUGCGCGCGCUACCUUAUCCUUUCUACAGCAAGAUCCUAAACGCGCACUCUAGCCCGGCAUACGAGAUCGUGUUUCUUCUGCAAUGUCUCUCGACCUUCGUCGUCAAUUCCGUCACGGUCGCCGCGUGCGGCUUAUCAGCGGUUUUUGUAAUGCACGCGUGCGGCCAGCUGAGAAUAUUGAUGCUUCGGCUCGACAAUCUCGUGGACAAAAAAAACAUAGAGAAGACUUUGGUGAACCAAAAAUUUGCCAUCAUUAUUGAACAUCACCUGAGAGUCUUAAGACUUGUAAUUCGUACGGAAAGAAUUACAAAUAUAAUAUGUCUUGUGGAAUUAGUCGGAUGCACGAUGCACAUAUGUCUCUUAGGAUAUUAUUGCAUUAUGGAUUGGAUUCACGAUAACAAGCAGAAUAUUGUGACGUAUUGUUUAAUAUUAACUUCUGUUACUUUCAAUAUUUUUAUAUUUUGUUACAUCGGAGAAAUUCUCUCUGAACAGGGCGGACAAGUCGGUAAAUCUGCCUACAUGACAAAUUGGUAUCUCUUACCUGAAAAAACAGCACUCGGACUCGUUUUGAUCAUUUUAAGAUCUAACGCUGCUCUCAAACUUACUGCCGGAAACUUUGUUCAACUUUCAUUUAGUACUUUCGGUGAUAUAUUAGGAUAUGCCUAA